AGUCAAUCUGCCUAACAACUCGAGGAAGAGCCAGGGAACAAGAAGCAAUAACAAACAAAGCUAGCAGCAAGCUAACAUAACUUUGAGAAAUCGAGCACACAGGCGAAGUGUCUCCUUCACGGUGGACAAACAUAUUAUUGGUUUAUAUACUACUAACCGUGUAUGAUAUGAUGUACAUGGACUACAAAGAAGGCAUAUAGUAAUCUGUCACGUAACGUUAACUGGUAUCUAACAUCUGCUAACAUUAGCCAGACGUCCGCUAACGGUAAUCCUUCCUGUCUUUUUCUUGUGGAAUUAUAUGAUUGUCGAGAAAGUAGCUAGACGUAUAGAAAAACUAAUUUAAUCGUUUUUACACGACAUGUGAGAAACCCAAGUGAGACGACUGGGUUUAGAUUACAACCUUCACGGUGCCGAUUUUAGCAGGAUUUUAAGUUUAGUGCAACCAAGGAUGGCUCACCUUGGUGUGUGGUGCGUAGAAGCUCGAUUGAGUGUCCUUAUAGUGGUUUUCUGCAGCGUACUGGUUCCCUCACCCACACAUGCCUAUAUCUAUGCUCAUUAUAGCAAUAUGACCUCCAUGUUGUUUGAGGACCUGCCUGCCUUUUUUGGCUCCCCACUUCCUAAGGAUGGACUAAUGGGAAUUUUGGUGGCGUCUCGUCCACUUAAUGGCUGUACAGCAAUAGACCCUCCCCCUCCAUUGCCACUAUCUUAUGAUGUCAACACCACCAAAUUCAUCGCUCUCAUCAGACGCUAUGAAUGCAAUUUUGAUAUAAAGGUCUUGCAUGCACAGCAGGCUGGAUACAGUGCUGUAAUCGUUCACAACAUGUACUCAGACACGCUGCUCAAUAUGAACUACAGCAAUGACACUAUUGCAGAGGAAAUUGAGAUCCCCUCUGUAUUCACCAGCUACUAUGCCUCCCAAAUUCUCAGGAAUUACAUAAUUCCAGAACAAGGGGCCUAUGUGAUCCUCAAGCCGGAAUUUGCUUUUCCACUCUCCUACUACCUUAUUCCAUUCACUGGAGUAGUUGGCAUGAUCAUUCUUGUGAUGUGUGUCGUCUUGAUUAUACGAUGUGUACAGUACAGAAAAAGGCUGAGGAAAAAUCGUUUGUCCAAGGCACAACUGAAGCGGAUUCCAAUCCACAAGUUCAGGAAAGGGGACGACUAUGAUGUGUGUGCAAUCUGUCUGGAUGAUUAUGAAGAAGGUGACAAGCUGCGAGUAUUACCUUGUUCACAUGCCUACCACUGCAAGUGUGUGGACCCGUGGCUUACACAGACCAAGAAGACGUGUCCUGUGUGCAAACAACGCGUCACUCGCAACAACCCAGAGCACUCCGAGUCCGAGUCUGAGGAGGAAACUGGAGGACGUGGGGGGGGAGAAGGAACGGGGGGCGAAGCAGACUCGGAGCGCACUCCUCUGCUCCGACCGUCCAACCCGGGGUCCCCCUCAGGGAGCCCAGGGGCCUAUUCUGCCACCACCACUACUGCCCAGUGCCUCGCCUCCCCUCCACACUGCGACUCACCCAUUCUGGCUUAUGAAGGCUACCACUCCCCCACAGAUGACACAGACUCAGACAGUGAUGACGCAGGAGAGGACAGGCACCACACUGAUGACGACCUGGCUCAGCUCAUUGGUAGGGAUGUAGUGGAGAUCUGAUGCCUGGAACAUAGCUGCAACAAGAUUACUUAGUUUGACCUAAAAAGGGUCUUUGUGUCAUCAGGCGUGCUAUCACACUGUACUUUAAAAUAGUUUGCAGAUUUGUGGUAAGUAACACAUUUAUUAUGACAGAAUGUUUUACCCAGUAGCCAGAGGAGGUCUACUUGUUAGUGUCAAAGCACAUGCAGCACAUGUAUUGAAGAGUUUUACCAAAAUCCAGCAUUGAGCAUCCACCCACUAAUAUACACAUAUUCCCUCCAAUACUCCUAAAUGUGUCUGUAGACCUCCUGUUUUAAUGCAUGUUUUAAUUCAUAAUUUGGACACACCACGCGACCUAAUCACUAGUGCUGCACAAAAAGAAUGGGCCUCAUAAAUCUAAUGUGCUGUAUAAAUAAGAGUGUAAAGCCUGUGUUGCUAAACAGAAUGAAUUCUGUGUUCAUACUAAAGUGGAUCUUCAAGAUUCAAAAUCCUUUAUUAUUCCCACAAUGGGGAAAGUAAGGAAAGUGCAGUAUAAAGACUCUCUGUUGUCUGAAUCAUAAUUGCUUUAUAUCUGACAGCCCUUUUUACCAGCUUGUUCUUAACAAGGAUGUGCAAGUGGAGGGGGAAUGUUUGUUUUUAUCUUUUAAUCCAUUUAGGUCUUUUUGCAUUUUUUCAAGCUCUCUAAAAUGUCAGAUUUUCUUAAAUUCUAAAGUAAAUUACGCCAUAGUAGAAUUUUGCAAUUAUGUUAUACAUUUCUGCUGCUUUUACAUUGUUAUUGAUAAUAUUGUGUGGUCAGUUUAAGGAAAAUAUCUUUAGCUUUAUCCAGUUUGUCAAGUUGAACAAACUCAGGUUUUUAGCAACAAAUUAAAGGUCAGUUGAUAUUGUAAAUUAAUAACACAGUGAGAAUUAACAGGGUUUGGUCUUAUAUAUUGUUUUAGCUUUUUUGAAUCAGUAAAAUAUAGAUUCAUGAAUAUUAAUGGAUAUUUUCCAUUUAUAUAUAUAUAUAUAUAUAUAUAUACACAUAUACACAACAGAAUGAUAACAUGUUGAAUCGUGGGACCCUCGAGGUGUUUUUAGGAAAAAAGAGCAUUGCCUUACAUUGGCCUUGAUGCACAUGUGUAUGUUAAAUGUUUGGAAAUUGAAGGGACAGAAAUCACACUCCUUUUGUUUUCCUCUUGUCUAGCCAGUAUUUAAAACUACUGGUUAGAAAGCUUUGAUCUUGUCCCUGUGUUGUCUGUAAAUGUGCUCCACAUAUGUUUUUAUGGUGACGAACAAAAAAGAGACGGCCUCUGUUUCCACGUUUGUACAGCUAGUAAUGAUACAGAUAGACAGCUUAGACGUGCUUGAUUUGCACCUGAAAGUCUCUAAUAGUCUUUAAUAAAACGACCUAGGUGGGGUCCACGCUGUUAAAUUACAUAAAGAGCAGUACAAAUAGAAACCUUAAAAAGUUGUUUCAGCCAACCUGUUUCACUUCUCCAAAUAAAUGCACAGCGUUUACCUUGAUCUCAUAUUGUAAAUUCACAACUGGAAUUAAAAAAAAAAGUGUAAUAAUAACCUUACAGGGUGUGGACAUUUUUUUAACACUGUACAAAUUUAUCCACACUCCCUUUUUGCAUAGAUGGGAUGGUUAGCAAUGUUUCCUGUGUAUUCAUUGUCUAUUGCUGCACUACAGUCAGAGAAAAUCUGAAUUCAGAAUGAUUAUUUAGGGCUCCAUGUAUUGAGGAUUCUUUUAUCAAUUAAAAGAACAUGUCCUACUGUAUAACCUCAAUCUAUACCACAAAUCAAAUAGAGGACCCACAACUGCAUAUAACCGAGCAAACACUGCACAGUCUGUGUCUAAGGGUUUUUCAGUAAGUUAAGUGAAAGUGAAGUGAAAGAGAGGAAUCAGUAGGACUCUGAAAUCCUAACAUUCCAUCUUUAUAUUCUACUGACGAUUAAUUAAAAGACUCAACACUAUCAACGUUUGAUUGGGACUUGUUGGCAAUAGUCUGUAUUAUAAAAUGUUUGUUUUUCUUUUUGCAGUAUGCUUCAAAUGACUUUGUACUUUUGUUUUGAUCUAUAUGUCCCUGAGACUGUUAACUGAAACAAAUGAAAAAACAUAACCCCAAAUUAUUAUUUUUUCUUCUUCAUUUAGAAUGUGCCUAGUUUAUCACACUUAAAUAAUAAAUGUACAGUGUCAAUUAUGAUUUUUGUGUAUCAAGCAGGUUUGAAACACAUUCUGUGGAAAGCUGCAUUUAAUGUGUGAUUUGUGGAAGAUUAAAUGAUAUUGAAACGGGA